AUGCACGUUUGUUCUGUCAUUCCUUUUGCUUCUUGUUCGUGGUUCUGGCGAUUCCAUUCCAUCAUCACCAUCCAAGUGCAACCACCUAUAUUUACCUCAACCAGGACUCGCUUGCGCGAGUGGACAGCGAACCUGGCACCACAAGUGAUAGUGAACAGCUCUGAUAGCUGCCCUAGUCCCGCUGCGUUGGAUGCCACAUCUCCAACUUCAACAGUGGGCUCUGGCGCUUCCGCUUCCCUGAAAGCCGCCAACAACCCCUCGACUCUUUCCCCGAACUAUCAAAGUAGCUAUUCGCGCAACAACUCAAGACAUCGCACGCCAAAGAAAAUACGAGAUCUCCUCGGCCAAGCCAAAUCGUUUCGACGUAAAACCGCUGCGAAGAUGUCUGAGGCUCAUUUCCAGUCGCCAUUGACCAAACGGUCCCGCUCGGUGGAUAGUAGGGCUUCGGGACAGUGGGCGUCGGCUUCAGGAGAAGAGGAGGAUGGCACCAUGUCGACUGAGGAUAACGGAGAUAAACGGGGCAUUCCAGCUUUCUUACAUUGCUCAGGUGCAGAAAUUCAGAAGAAAUUCAGCGAAAUCGAGAUGCUCCAAGCGAUUAGAUUGUCGGGGAUAGGAGGGCCAGCGGGGGGGAAUGAAUCGCGGAAAUGGGUUUUGGAGAAUCGCCCAGAGAUUCUACCGAGGAAUCGAUAUGUCAAUAUAAAGGUGUGGUCACAUUCUCGGAUCCAUCUUAAAGUGCCGGAUGGGGAAUGCGACUUUAUCAACGCGUCUCCGAUUUCUUUGAGCCACUCUAAAACCGGAAACCCUGCUCGCUACAUUGCUGCACAGGGUCCAAAAACCGACUACUUAGAGCACUUUUGGAGUAUGGUGCUUCAUGAAACCGGAGAUGUUGCAGUAGUGAUUAUGCUCACCCAGAGUUAUGAACAAGGCAAAGAGAAAUGUUCGCCAUAUUUCCCACUGACUAUGGAAGAACCCGUGUUCCACCUUUCUCGCGCCGUAGCCGCCGAUCCAUUUGUAGAUCGCAACGGGAAUGACGAGGUGGAAAGAACCUUUGUUGGAAAAGUGUCCCUUCUGGAAUAUGCCUACGACGACAAAUGUCGUUGUGAAAUCCGCAAACUCGAACUUAAGCUUGAGUCCCAAACCAAGAUUGUCUGGCAUUAUCUAUUUGCUGGGUGGACUGAUUAUAUGAAGCCGGAGGGCAAAGACCGCGAUGCAAUCGUCGAGUUGACCAAGGUCACGGCUGAGAAGGCCGGCUCUCUGGAAAAUCCUCGCAUUGUACACUGUAGUGCCGGCGUAGGUCGGACAGGCACGUUCAUAACUAUUGAUCACCUUCUAAGGGAGAUGCAGACGGGAAACUUAUUGAAGACAACCGACGACACAGAUCCGAUCUUCGAUACGGUGAAUCUUCUCCGCGAACAGCGGAUACACAUGGUCUAUACUGAAAUGCAAUACCAAUUUCUUUACGAUAUUCUCAGGGAACAGGCUCACCUUUUCCUCGGCCGGGAUAAUAAUAAUACUAAUAUGCAUGACAAGAAAGUGAAGUCUCCUGGAUCCCGCUCGCAGAAGAUGGCGAAGUACUCUUCCGACACCCCGUUCGAGCCUACACAGAAAGAAGAGCUAGUUCCCAUCAUCGACUCUAUCCCUACCCCAGGCAAAAGAUAG